AACGUUUUACCCAGAUGCUCACUUCUUAUUGGCAGAACCACGUUUGUGUAGCCAAUCACAAAAUUCUAGACUGCGUUAAAAGCAGAUUAUUCAGUUCCUGGUUGGCAAAAAGUGGAAUAUUUCGCGUGUACAUACCACACUACACUGUUUAUAACCGAGUAUAGGAUUUAAGAUCAUUGCUUUCUGCUGAAGGCUAAGGUACCAAAGAUGAUCCAAAUGAUUGUACUCAGGAUUCUCUGCUGGGUUCAUGUAGCUGCCGCAGGAACUCAUUCACUGCAGUAUUUUGCGAUGGCGACCUCAGAAGGGACCGAUAUACCAGAGUAUGUAGCUGUGAAUAUGGUGGAUGAUAUGCAAUACUCGUACUAUGACAGCACCAUGAAAACACCCAUCCUCCUGUUCGACUGGUUGAAUAAGACUGGGGGUCGUGAGUUCUGGGCCAGACGUACUCUGUAUAUUCUCUAUGGUCAUGAUGCCAUAAAAUGGAGUUUGAGAAAUACAGUCCAGCACUUUAACCAUACUGGGGUUCACACCUACCAGGACACGGGGGGCUGUGAGCUGGAUGAUGACGGGACCGGGCGAGCAUAUUCAGUUCACGCGUAUGAUGGGAAGGAUUUUAUUAGUCUUGAUGGAGAGACCAUGACCUGGGUCGCUGCAGUGCAACAGGCUGUCUUCUAUAAACACAAGCGGGAAGCUGACACAGCCUUCCAACAGACUGAUGUAGGCUUUUAUCAACAGGAGUGUUUCCAGUCACUGAAGUGGUACAUCCAGUAUGGUAUGGAGACUGUGCUGAGGAAAGUCUGUCCUGAAGUGAUGCUAAUACAGAGGAAAGCACCUAAAUCUGCAGGAACAGAUGUCAUUUGCCACGUGACGGGGUUCUACCCUCGAGAAGUUGAGGUGAACUGGGUCAGAGAUGGAGAACAUCUGCUGGAGGAGGGGGUGUGGAGCGGGGAGGUGCUACCCAACGGGGACAGAACCUACCAGCUGAGAAAGACCCUGACAGUGAGUCCUGAGGAGCAGGAAAAACACAGCUACUCCUGCCAGGUGGAUCACGCCAGUCUGGAUGAGAAGAUGGAUGUGAAAUGGGUUCCAGAGGCUGGUCUGAACAUGUGGUUUGUUGCUGGUGGUGUGCUGGCUGCCCUGGUUCUGAUCGCAGUAAUCAUAGGAGUUCUUAUCUGGAAGAAAAGAGCAUCAGGUGCCAAGAGACCUGACUACACACCAGCGCAGACAAAGGAACAAAGUGAUGCAUCACCCAACUCCAUCAACAAUGACUGAGGUGUGACUCCAUUGCCGAGAUGCAUAAAGAGAGCAAACCACUCAACUGAGCCUUCAUCUUUUACACUUCAUGAUACACUGUCAAUUCCUCUAGUAGUCUUUGAGAAGCCACCAUUGGCCAUGCUCGAUUUUGCACUGUGCGUCCCUCUUAGCAUGUAACUGCGGCAUUAAACUGCACCAAACUUUGUAUAGGGAGUGAACUUUUUGAAAAAAAUAUUCUUUACAUAACUCUUUUUAAUUAAGGCUUUUUGAGUAGCACCUUGGAAUGUCUAAAAAUUCAAGUGUUGCAUAAAUAUCUUUAUUGUACAUGAAGAAAAACAAGAAAGGUUCACUCUUGAAACCCAUCACCAAAAAAACAUACCACUUUAUUUCCAAAGCAAAUCUUUAUUUAUUAAACAUGCUUUACAAAAUGCUGAGUAUAGAAGUUGCAUAAGCCUGUGGAAAGCACUAAUAGAUUUAAACAUUAAAAAGUUUGACAUCUUUCCUGAAGAUAUAUUUGUUCCUGACUAUAUGAUUAUGUGGAAUGUCUAGAAAUAUUUAGAGCCUUAUUCUCAAUGUUUUACACCAGUCUAACAUACAGUGGCUCUCAAAAGUAUUCACCCCCCCCUUGGACUUUUCCACAUUGU